AGCGCAUUCGGUGCCAAUUCGAAAUUUAAUAAUGCAUUUCAAAAUUCAUUAAAGAAAAAAUCAUUCUUGGAUACAGAUUCAUCAACAGAUCAGGAAACCAAAAAGGAAGAAUCAAAAUCCCCCAGUGCUGAAAAAAGCAAGCUUGAGUCAUCCGGCUCUUCAACCCCUCAACAAUAUAAGCAAGUUGAUUUAACUCCAGUUCCUGAAAUUAAAACUGGUGAAGAAAAUGAAAAAUCUCUUUAUAGUGUUACUGCUAAAAUAUUCGAACUCAAUUUAACCAAAAUAUCCGAAGGAUGGAAAGAACGUGGUUUGGGUCCUCUACAUUUGAAUGAAUCUAUCGACGAUCCUUCUCAAGUGAGAUUGGUGAUGAGAUCCCAAGGUUUAUUAAGAGUGGUGUUGAAUUUGAAGGUAACCCCAAGUUUAAAUUUAAUCAAGGGUUUGGAAGCAAGUCUAUCACCAGGAAAGUUCAUGAGAAUUAAUUCAAUUUCUGAUAAAGGAUACCCAGUUCAAUAUUUACUCAAAUUCAAUAACGAGAAUAUCCGUAAUGAAUUGUUUGAUAAGAUUGAAGAUUUAAAGAAAACAAUGAAAAUUUAG